AUGAAUCAAUUUAGAAUAUUAUGUUUGAAACAAUCUACAAUCUUAAAUAAAUAUUGGUUGGAAAAAUAUUUGAAACAAUAUUUAAUUUAUCAUGCAAAAAUAUAUUCUACUGGAAUUACUAAUCAUCAUAAAAAUUAUAUUAAAAAGGAAAAUAUUAGUAGAAAAAAACAUAAUGUUUCAAGAACAAUGCUUCAAGGUAUCAAACAGACUAAACGGAAAGUAGAAAUAAUUAUUGAGAAAGAAAAUAUUUGGACAGUGCCAAAUUUUCUUUGUAUGGGUCGAAUUUUAACAUCACCAUACUUAAGUUAUUUAAUUUUAUCACAAGAUUAUCAGAUAGCAUUGUGGUUAUUAGUAUUUGCAGGAUUUAGUGACCUAGCUGAUGGAUGGAUUGCACGUACAUGGUCAUCACAAGCUUCUAAACUUGGUACUUUUCUAGAUCCAGUUGCAGAUAAAUUACUUGUAGGUACACUAUUCCUAUCUUUGGCCUGGGUAGGAUUGGUUCCUAUUCCUUUAACGUGUCUUGUUAUUACACGAGAUAUUGUCUUGAUAUCUGCCGCUUCAUACAUAAGAUAUAAAUCUUUACCUUCUCCAAAAACUUUUGCAAGAUAUUUUAAUCCUACAUAUGCAACAGCACAAUUAGCUCCAACAUCCAUAAGUAAAAUCAAUACUGCUAUUCAAUUAUCUUUUGUUGCUGGAACAUUGGCUGCACCUGUAUUUCAUUUUGUAAAUCAUCCAAUUUUAAUAGCUUCCUGUUACAUAACAGCAUUAACGACAUUAGCAGGAGGUUUAAGUUAUUUAAUAUCAAAAAAUACAUAUAAAUUUUUAAGAAAAAAAACUUCAUCAAAAACAUCUUUUUAAGCAUAUAUGUUAAUGAUUACAACAAUAAAUUAAUGUAUAUAAAUUUAUUAUUUACUUUAUUUAAAUAUUUAAGUAUUUACUCUAUAUUUACUACAUAAAUAAAAUUAAUAAAAAAAAUUAUUCCUACUUUAUAAUU